AUGGCUCAACAAAGUACACCUCCCCCAACUCUCCCUAAUUCUACCGUCCCUCCCUCUACCGCCCCUGCAAGCCGUAUAAUGUCUACCCGUGUUGGCGACGUUAUCAAUCUCCUUCUUGCACUAAACAAUGCUGGAUUAGAAGUUGUUCGUACACCCGAUGGCGUUGAUCAUGCUUCAGGGUUGGAAAACCUUGCCAUGGGGGAGCUUAUCUUGAUUCUCCAAAUCAUGGGCAUUCAUGUCAAGGGUAAUCGCGCUACUGCUGCACCCCCUCCUCCUUCUGAUAGCCGUGAUCCCUUGGUCCAAGAGAUUGAACAGAUGGUUAUUUCAUCUGCUCGUCGUCAGGCUAUUAAUCUUUUCUUUAGGCUUACCAAUGGGCCGUUGACCGUCCCACCUGUCAUUCUUGAAGAGUUAUCAUCAACUGUGGCUCCCCCUCCUUCGUCUGUUGAACCACAGGCCACCGUCACUGAUCCUGCCCUACUUCCUCCAAAGUCCCAGUCUGCCUCCGACACUGUCAUGCCCAAAGGCUUUGUGUGCAUGUCCUGCAACACGUAUAACCCUAUUCGCCCAUCUGAAAAGCCAGUCUACGUUGUGUUUUGUGGUACAGAUGUGGGGGUCUUUGACCAUUGGAAAGAUGCUCAGAGCCUUGUUUCUGGCAUAUCUCAUGCUUGCCAUUGUCGUUAUAAUAGUCGCGAGGAGGGUGAGAGGGCGUUCCAAGCUGCUUUGACUGCCGGAAAGGUUCGCAUACUUGGUAAUCCUAUUGCUGCGCCUGGAGCUAUUGUCUCUUCCUUGUCCCCAAAUGCCCCCAAUGGCACCUCUGGCUCCUCCAGCGAGGCCUCUAGUAGCUCGGAUUAA